GCAUCAAUAGCCAUGCUGUCACUUCUUGCCGGUACUUCUGCAGCACAGAACAGCUGCAUUUCUCUCAAGGGAUCGACAACAUGUCCAGCCUUUCAGGCUGCUUCAAUAUCAACCAACCAGUCACUAAUCGAUACUUUCUCAUUCUUACAAUAUGUCUCUGACCGAGAGUCAUUCGACAAUGAAUUGUCAAGUUUCGUCAAGACCAGCUAUCUCAAAGACAAGUUCCAGUCAACGUUUGGCUGCCACGACGUCAACUUCACAAGCCCCAGCGACAUGUACGCCCGCUACACUACAACCGUCAUUUGCAACUCGAUUGUCCAGAUGUCCGCGGAGGGCUGCGGCGUAUCUUCACAAAACUCGCAGCCUCUCUGUGCCGAGACCUGCGCCGAGUAUGCCCAGAGCGAAGCGUACAUCACCGCCGACACGGCCCUAUGCGCGAAUCCGAGUACCGACCUGAACAAGCUGAUCCGAGCCGAUUUCACCGUCUGCGCCCUUCCCGAGCAGGCCCUCUCCGGCGACUGCGUCAACGGCGUGGACAAUGAGCCAGACAACUGCGGAUUUGGUAACAGCACCAUUGGCCUCUGCUCAUACUGCGGUGCCGGCGGUAUCAACUCCACGGAUACAUGUUGCUACAAUGCGGACGCGGAGUCUCGGUGCAAAGGUGUCAAGCUGCCCGACAUUACCGCCACCUUGACCUUUACCACGCCUGCUGCCACCUCUACUCCGACGACUUCGGCGGCCGCAGCUACUAGCAGUGGCGGCCACCACCUCAGCGGCGGUGCCAUUGCUGGUAUCGUGAUAGGGUCCCUCGCUGGCGUUGUCAUUCUGGCUGCGCUGCUGUUCUUCUGCAUUCGGCUGUUGAGGCGCAGGCCCAGCAGCGCACAGGGCAGCAUCUUCAACCAGCCUUCUCCGGCCCGCAAAGGGCCGCCCAUGAGCCAGGGCAGCGCGGCGCCUCCCCGAGGGUACGAGGUUCUCCCUGGUGGCCGCAUAGCGCGCAUGUCUGCCUUGGAGGGACACUCGGGCGACUCCCCCUCCCGCCACGGCAGCUCUCCAUCGGGCCGCGCGGUUCCUUACGCCCCCAAGGCUUCCGACCGAAUGUCAUCAUCCGAGUUUGGCGACACGCCCGAGCCCGAGACGCCCUACACCACCCUUCGAGGCCCGCCGAUGACGUCGAGGAGACAGGGCUCUCUGUCGAGCAACUCCAUGCUGGGCAGUGACGUGGGAAGUCCCAUUGGAUUCUCGUCCCCCAACGGCCUGGCGAGUCAGCAGUCUGAGCAGCUGCCCUUCUUCAAGGACUACUACUCACAGGACGAUAUCCACCCUGGAGACAAGGUUGCUGUGUUGUGGGCUUAUCAGCCAAGAGCACCGGACGAGUUUGCGCUCGAGCGAGGAGAUAUGCUCAAGGUUGUGGGCAUCUGGGACGACGGCUGGGCCACGGGUCUGAUGGUGGAUCAGCGGGCAGACGAGUGGGAGGCACGGAGACAGGCACAGAGAGAUAGCGGCGUAUCGAGUUCGUCGGCCCCCAGGGACCACUCCCCACAGGGCUACGGCGACCUCAAGGCGUUUCCUCUGGUGUGCGUCUGCCUCCCGGAGCACUGGAAGAAGACGAUUGACGGGGACGGUUCGACGGACACUGGAGCCAGU